AUGGAUCAACUGAAAGAUGAAGAACAGCAACAGCAUCAAUUUGGUGUAUCAGAGGAAGAGCAUGUGGAGUUAUUGAUUCAGAAAGAGAUUUCUUUUGGCUUCAAAAAAGAUGGAGUUUUGGUGUUUGAUGAGUCCUUGAAACGUGCUCGUUUCAAUGCAAUCAAUUGGAUUUUCAAAAUAACAGAUGCAUUGGAUUUUCACUUUCAAACUGCUUAUUUGUCUGUGACUUACUUUGAUCAGUUCCUUACCAAACGAUACAUUGAUGCGGAGAAGAAUUGGGCGAUAAGGUUGCUAUCAAUUGCAUGUCUUUCUUUGGCUGCAAAGAUGGAAGAAUGCAAUGUGCCGGAGCUAUCAAAGUUUCAAUUGGAAGAUUGUUAUUUCUUUCAAGGAAAAGUGGUUCAAAAAAUGGAACUUUUGGUUCUUACCACAUUGGAUUGGAACAUGAGUAUCAUUACUCCCUUUUCAUUCCUUUCUUACUUCGUCAAAAAGUUCGGCAAUGAUUCCACAUCAAGUCUGAUUGUUUCCGACACAAUGCAGCGUAUCUUCACUGUAAUUAUGGAAGGGUUCAAUCUAAUGGAUCACAAACCAUCUGUUGUUGCAGCAGCGGCUACGUUGUUGGCAUUGGAUCAAACAUUGACAGUAGAAGAUGUAAGGUUGAAAAUGAAUUCGAUUUUGCAAAUUGAACCGAAUGAUGUUUUUGAUUGCUACAAUCUAAUUCAGAGAUUAUACGAGGAGAAGAUGAAAAGAGAGGAGUAUUUGUAUACACCGAAUUCAUCGGUUAUCCGACCUAGAACAAUUGACUAUGCCGUUUCUAUGACAAAGAGAAGAAGACUUUCAUUCAUUGAUGAUGAAGAUGGUGGCGACAAGAAGGGUCCACAUCAAGAAGAUCCCAAAACUUGA